UGGGGGUAAAGUGAUAAUGAUAAUAUAGAAGGAAGUGAAACACGGGAUAAAACUAAAAGCUACGAGAUUUGUAAUGUUUAUAAGUUAGAAGAAAAUAAACAGUGGAAUAACCAUAUAUACCAAGCUGAUAUUUCAAGAAUUUUCAUAUUACACUUUCUGCCAUCACCACCACCACUUUCAUUUGUGUCAUUUUCUACAUAUCAUUUCAUUUGGUCUUCAGUUUUACUAAGGAACACAGGGAAGAAAAUAUUAUGACCAUUUUAUGAAAAUGGAAACGAAAACCACUACGAUGCCAACAUCUUCAAGCAAGUUACCUCUGCUCUUUGAAGAGUAAAAAUCACUUGAUAUAGAUGUAUAAAGUUCAAGUUCAAAUAAAAUGACCGCCAGAUCGACGAUACAGUGAAUAUUUAAAAUGUUAAAAUCCUUGUAAAAUCGGAAGAAUAAGUAUCUGUUGUCAGGACACAGUAGAAUUUUCUUUUAACCCACUCCUUAUUUGGAGCUCAUUUAGUAACCACUACUGCAGUUUUGCAGCCGAGACGCGGGGUGCCGCUGUUGGCUAGUACUGAGCGUAGUAUCAGCUUCUGCCGACGCAAAGGAAUCGCCCCCCACCGCGGAACCGCGGUAACUGGGCACUCUCUCUCCGGUUCUUUCUGCCGCCGAGAUAUCUGUCAGAGAAUCCGCCUGCCAAGACAAAUCAAGGAGUUGCUCCUGCUCAGAGAAUUCUUGGGAUUAUUUAGCGAUCGUAGCUCUUCGGAAUCAGAAAGACAAAGUCGCAGAAAGCGGAAUGGGAGACCGCUUGGGACAGAAGGGCCCGGCUGGGCGGAGACGAAUGCCCUUUCUCUUUUUGCUGUCUUUGUUCAGCCCGGUGCUCUCGGAGCAGAUCAGCUACACUAUUCCUGAGGAGCUGGCCAUGGGCUCACUGGUGGGGAACCUCGCCAAGGAUCUGGGGCUUGGCGUGCGAGAUUUGCCUACCCGAAACCUGCGGAUUAGUGCACAGAAGAAAUUCUUUACAGUGAGUACUGAGAACGGGGACUUACUUGUGAGCGACCGUAUAGACCGAGAGCAGGUUUGUGGCAAGAAGUCAACGUGUGUCCUAGAAUUGGAAAUGGUCGCUGAAAAGCCUUUGAACUUCUUUCAUAUAAGUGUGGUAAUUCAGGAUGUCAAUGACAACCCACCGACCUUUAGCCGAAAUAUCACUGAACUGGAAAUCAGUGAACUGGCCCUAACUGGAGCCACUUUUUCCCUGGAAUCCGCACAAGAUUCAGAUGUAGGUGUCAAUUCCCUGCAGCAGUACUACCUCAACCCAAACCCGCACUUCUCUUUGAUUCAGAAGGAGAACCCAGAUGGCAGUAGGUACCCAGAACUGGUAGUGAAGACUCCCCUGGACAGGGAAGAGCAGUCUUACCACCACCUGGUCCUCACCGCUGUGGAUGGGGGGGACCCAUCUAGAAGCUGCACUACCCAGAUAAGGGUGGUUGUGGCAGAUGCAAAUGAUAACCCACCAGUGUUCACCCAGGAUGUGUACAGGGCCAGUGUUCGAGAGAACCUGCCCGUGGGCUCCUCUGUACUAAGUGUGAUGGCCACUGACUUGGACGAGGGGGUCAAUGCUGAGAUCACAUAUGCUUUCAUCAACAUUGGCAAUGUAGUGAGACAGCUGUUCAAGCUGGACAGUAAAACAGGGGAACUCACCACUGGUGGAGAACUGGACUUUGAAGAGAGAGAGAGCUACACAAUUGGGGUGGAAGCAAAGGAUGGUGGACGACACACUGCGCACUGUAAAAUACAAAUAGAUAUAUUGGAUGAAAAUGACAAUGCCCCUGAGGUAACCCUGGAUUCUGAAUCUAAACAUAUUCAAGAAGAUGCUGAGCUGGGGACUGUUGUUGCCCUGAUCAAAACACAUGACUUAGAUUCUGGAUUUAAUGGGGAAGUUUUCUGCCAGCUAAAAGGAAAGUUCCCGUUUAAAAUAGUUCAAGAUACAAAAAAUACAUACAAGUUGAUCACAGAUGGAGCCCUAGAUCGAGAACAGACUCCAGAAUACAACAUCACCAUCACAGUCACAGAUAGGGGAAAGCCGCCUCUCUCCUCCAACAGAACUGUCACCUUGAACAUCAUCGAUGUCAACGACAACGCGCCAGUUUUCGAACAGGCUUUCUAUUUGAUCCACGUGGCUGAGAACAACCCUCCAGGCGCCUCUAUUGCCCAGGUCAGCGCCUCGGACCCG